AUGACCACCAUCUACGGGCCCCGGGAGGUAGUACAGGGCGAGUUCUACUCCUACAUCGCCACACUGACUUUGCCAACGACCUCGCCUUACCGGGAAAGUCUCCAGAACCUCGGUGCCGGUGAGAGCGGUAACCGCGGCCUAGUCGCGUGCGUGUACCUCCAGCCGCCCAGUUCCAGCUAUAUGGAGACGGUAAGGCCGACGGCCGCUUCCCGGGACAGCCAGAGGUGCACUGAGGACGUGCACCUGAACGAAAAGAAUGACGCGUCGGGGGUGACGCAGUUCCUCGUGAGCCUUCCGGAUCUAAGUUUUACAGAGCUUGGAGAGGCAAGCUUACAGACAUUUUGGUACGAGGCCGUCACUGGAGACGUACUGGCGUCAUCCCAGCUCUUCCUUAAGAUUUCCGCUGGCGCCGGAAGGGAAGCAUUUUUGUCAGCAAUCCAGAAGGCCCUUGCCCAGUUCUUCCAGGUUUCAGAGACCGACGUGGAAGUGCAAAUAGUACGUAUUUCAGGCAGUGGCGACAUCACCGGUAUCUCCGGUCGUGGCGCUCAGGGCUGCGUGCGCAAGUGA